UUCCAGUCAUAAUGAAUACUUAGAAUUUGAUGCUGGUGGUAAGUAUUCAUAAAAAAGGUAACAUUAGUGAAUGGGCAGCAUGAAUUCUGGAAAUAAACAACUAAAAAUCUCACACAGUGUCCCUUUAACAUCUGAAACAAAUAUAGUACCCCUUUCUGGUAUUCUGACAAAUCACACCCUCAUUACAAGUGUAUCAGGUGUAUGCCAUGAAGUGCAACUAUGAUUUUAUAUAUCAGCCAUUUGUUUGUUGAAAAGGGUUUUUAAAAAAAAAUCUCAGCAGAUGAUGUCUUGCAUACUACCUAUAUGCUCUAGGAAUGGUGCUGCUGAAGUGUUUUAUUUUUAUUUUUUUAUUUUACCUUUGUUUAACCAGGGAAGCAAAUCACAUUGAGAUAAAUAUCUCUUUUGACAAGACAGUUGUGAAUGCACAUAGUUCACAGUUCCACAGCAUGGGCGGUCAAAAAGGGGGCUAAGUUGCACCAGGCCCAGGUAGAGGGGGGCCCAGAAUUGGUUCCCCAUUACAGUACGUUGUAUAUUCACGGGGGGUCCCUUUCAAAUGACUUUGUCCUGGGCCCGGCCAGCAAAGCUGUCAGCGACCCUGCAUGUAGUAGUCAGCAUGUCUGCACUGUUGAUGUACAGCACACAGCCUGCUCUAGUCAGACAUCUCCCCUGGUAGCAUAGCAGCCCAGCACCAGCUUACCCCAGCUGUCCACAGCCUCAUCACCGCCUGAAAUACACAGCGGAGGCCCACACCCCAAAUUCCUCCAUCCCCUCUUAAAAAAACAAAAAACGAGAGGGAAGAGGAGCAGCAACAGACCAGAGAGAAGGUAAUAGGUUAAUAAAUGCUUGCUGUUUGGCUGCCUGGCUGGCUGACUCCCUCAGCCCGUGUGUUAGGGAGUGUCAUCAAAGAGCGAGUUGAAAGAGGAAAUGGGGUCUGCUGCGUAUACAGCAGCUGCCUGCAGUGAGUGACUGUGUGUGUGUGUGUGUGUUUGGAAUGAGCUGAGCUCACCGUUUUAACAUCCCUGAGAGGUUUUCAUAGGCGUCCCUUAGAGGCCAGCCAAAGACACGGUGCUGUGUCCGUAUACAGUCAGGCAUCAGAGGAAGGGAGGAACCCCAGGCCAGCUCAGCUGCUGCUCCCUGCCAUGGCAGACGCCUGAGACACGAGACGAGAGACGAGAGGAGACCAGAAGAGGAAGUGAAGUGAAGCAGAGGAGGCAGGCAGCAGCACACUCUGUAACAAGAGGCUGUUUCACCACAGCAGGCCCUUUGCAAAAGCAGGAGUUCAUCACAAUGGAAUUUGACGCGGUAAGAGAAGAGGGAAGCAGAAGACAAAACUGGUAUGAGGAGGAGGGAGAGAAGGAUGAGGCAGUGGAUACAAGAGGAGGAGAGGAAGAAGAAACACAGUGUGGAGCCUCCAGUUCCCUGUCCCCUACCCCGGCUGCUGUGCGUGAGCUGAGGCUGGUGCUACUGGGUCGGAGCGGCUCAGGGAAGAGCGCCGCGGGGAACUGCAUCCUGGGACGAGAGGCGUUCAGGGUUAAGACUUCUGGGGCAGCAGAUGGAACAUGCGAAUGUCAAAGCAGAACCGCCACUGUUGCUGGGAGAAAGAUAACACUGGUGGACACUCCAGACUGGUUCUGCUCGGAGAGCUCCACAGAGGACGUUCAGGAUCAGAUCAGCUCCUGCCAGGCCCUGGUGGCCCCUGGGCCCCACGCCUUCCUGCUCUGCGUCCCCGUGGACCAGCCGGUCUCCGUGGAACUCCAGGGCCUGGAGGCGCUGGAGAUGGUGUUCGGCCGCGGGGCCGUGCAGAGGCACACCCUGGUGCUCUUCACCCACGCCGACCGCCUGCCUGCGGGAGUCACCUUUGAAGAGUAUGUGACCGACGGAGAGGAGCAACGGGACCUGCUGAAGCUGGUGGGGAGCUGCUGGGACCACUACCACAUCCUGGAGAGAGGGAGCCAUGGAGAUGGAGAUGGAGACGGAGGAGAGGGGGAGCGAGAGAGAAAGGAGAAGAGGAGCGUGGAGCAGCUUGUGGAGAAGGUGGAGCAGGUGGUGCGGGAGAGCGGGGCGGAGUACCACGCCUGGCAGGCCACACAGGAGCAACAGGAGACGCGGAGCAAAGGGCUGCGGAGAGACCGCGAAGAGGAGCCGGAGCCAGAGCAGGAGCCAGAGCAGGAGACCACCACCUCCACCAGACGGCCCAACUCACUCACCCUCUCCUCCCCGAUACAGCCACCCGAGCGGGGCCAAGAGCUCCAGGACGACCCCACACCAACUCCAACGCCAACACCAGUAACACCCCCGACGCCACCACCCGAAUCGGAAUCGACUGAGGUGGCGCGCCAUGAUGACAUCACAGCAGGCCACGAGGGCGAGGACGCUAUCGAACCCGCUCCUGCGCCCGCGGGGCCUCCAAAGUCCUUCCUGCGGGGCCUGUGGGACACGGUGACGGGGUGGAUCCGCAGCGUGCCCGGGCUGGUGAGGGGCAGUGCCCUGCUGGGGGCCCUGGUGGGGUUCUUCGUGGGGGGGCCGGUGGGGAGCAUGCUGGGGGUGACGGUGGGCUCGGUGGCCACGGAGGUGGGAAGGAGGAAGCGCAUCAAGAACAAGACACAGUGAUGAACCUGCUAACACACACAGCACACACAGCACACACAGCACACACAGCACACACACGCACACGCACACGAAGAUGGUAGGAGCAACUAUGUGAAGACCUAGUGACGCUGGCUACACACACACACACACACACACACACACACACACACACACACACACACACACACACACACACACACACACACACACACACACACACACACACACACACACACACACACACACACAGCAGUGACACUAAGGUGGGUAUGAGGAAGUGUAUGAAGAAAACCCAGUGAAUCUGGUUACACACACACACACACGCACACACACACAUGCACACACACACGCACGCACACACACACACACCAAAGCAGUAACGCUAAGUAGAAGGAUGCACGUACGUAUGGAAGCUAAAAUGCAUUGCUGCACUGAGACCAAAUGCUUUGCUGUAGGGCACACAGCUAUGUUGAGCAAAAGAAAACACACCAUCGUCUGGCUAGCAGAGGCCUCUGUUUCUCUGGGCACUCACACACAGCGGGUUUGACGAUGCUAUUGGUUGAUUUAUCACAGUGGAGGACCUAAGUGUUUUAAUUGUAUCAAUCAGUCAGCUUUUAAUCACUAACACAAUAACAGUCUCCUUAAGCAAUUUAAAAAACAGCUCUGUUUUUAUGGUAGGCAAAUUAAUAUGUUGAAAUAUAGACAAAUAUGGACCAUUAAAUUUGAUGUAUAAAUCAUGUCUAACUAUUAACUUGUUGAUGCAUACAGUUUAACUUCAAUUGGGUAACAUGUAAAGAAAAGAAAAGACCAAUUGUGUGUCACAAAAGCAAUUUGCUGCAAUGAAUUGCACUGGGUUAAGAUAAGGACUCAGUAAUGCAUGCAAUUACAAUUAGAAAUUGCAGAUUAAAUCUGUAAAUAUUCUGCAUAAAAUCUGUUACUUAAAAACUGUUUGAGACUCUUGCACUAUUACUGAGUCACUUUAUGUUGCAUUGCUUUUAUUUUAUUUGUAUUUUUUGCGAUGUCUAAUCCUAGUUCAAUAUCUUCAUUACAUGGGUCACCAUCCACAUGGUGUGACAAUGUGACAUGAGACAGGACAGAAUGAGUGCCAACUCAAACUAUGUGAACAAAAAAAGUGCAUCGCUGUAUUUGAAUUAUAUUGCAUUACAUUGCUGUAAUGAGAGCAGGUUUCAAAUAGUUAAUUAAGUUCACUCUUCGUGCAUUGAUUUCAUGGUUGUUUUAAAAGAUUGAUCAUUGUUACUGUGUAUUUGGACGUGACUCCUCUGUUUUAAUUGAAACCAACUUUCUGCUGCUUCAAAAGCCCACAUAACAUCAAAUCAACUCACUGUGUCUCCUAUAGCCUAUAGGAGAGCUUAACUACUGACUUAAAAGUUUUUCACUUUACUGCACACUCAGACAGAGAGCAAAAACAUACUACAUUACAUCCUACAUUUCACUAACAAAUACACUGAUACGUAUUUGGUAAUGGAAUAUCACAGAGCUUUAAUACUAUAACCAUUCUUGUGCACUUUUUUUUCCAUUUCCUUUAUUUGACACUUUUGGUUACGUGAGUUGUCAACUGUCUGGUAUGUCUGCUGGAAAGUUAAGUGUAAGAGACUUGAUAACCAAUACAGUUAUUGUAAAAACAUGAUGUUGUGAAUCCCUAAAUCUCUGGAGCACGUAGCCACACUUGGCAAAUAAUCUCAUAAUGACGGUGAUCUAUGACUGACAGGCGGAGAGGUUGGAUGGAACAGCUCUCCGCACUCCCUCCCUCCACUUCCCAAAUCCACCACAUCAGUGUUUUCAAAACUUUUUUUGCCUUGCGUACCCCCUAAGCCUUUUUGAGAUACCGCAAGUAUAGUGACUAUGCUCCGUACAUUUAUUAUUAUGUUUUUGCACGUACUCCCUACAGUGUGCUCACGUAACCCUAGUGGUACAUAUGUACCCCUGGUUGGGAAUCACUGCACUA